UACAAAAAAAGCUUGACAAUUCUUGAUCUGUCAGGUGUACAAAAUUAAUUACCUGUAAAAAAUAAUUAAAAUAAGCAAAAGUAGUCUAAAACGAUGCUUUACAAUAACUUAAUGUAGUGUAGUGCUAUGUAGUGUUAAAAAUAACGUCAAUUAACCUAAAAGUAAGAAAGUGUAUUUUGAUAGUAAACAAUAAAUGUCCGAAACUGCAGGUGCAGAGACGAAAGAAGUACCAGGUACGUUGGAAUCGAACGACCCAGGCGUGGAAGAGGUGGUGAUAAAAUGUGACGUCAUUGAGAUCUCCGAUGAUGACGAGGAACCAAAGCCCAAGAGGCGUCGCAGAAAGAAACCCCCAUCCGAUCAGCGGCACCCGUGCGAAGUCUGCGAGAAAACCUUCCAAACAGGUUACGAGCUGAAGAAACACGCUCGCACGCACACAGGCGAGCGUCCGUAUAUGUGCACUACUUGCGGCAAGACUUACACACAGCUGGGGCACUUGAGCAUACACCAGUUAGCGCAUAAAGGUAUAAAAAACUUCAACUGCGUUGAAUGCGGAUCAUCGUUCUAUAGGAAAGCAGAUCUGGACCGCCAUGAAAAGGCCCAUAAGGGCAUCAAACCGCACACCUGCGAGAUUUGCUCGAAAAGUUUCACACAGAAGAACAAUUUGGUUAUGCAUGUAAAAAUGCACAUAGGAGACCGUAGGUACGAAUGUGAGGUAUGCAAAAAACGUUUUAUGACGCGGAGCAAGCUGGUUUUGCAUUUUAAAAGGCAUGAAAAGGAUAAAAAAGCGAAGACCGAGAUGAUAGGGCAUCUGAUCGAUUGAGAUUUUAUGCGUAGUGUCACAUUUGUUUAUUGUUUCAAAAAGGAAGCUAGCUAAAGUCCGGUCGCCGAGCAGAGAGUUUCGUACAAUGACCCCGAGCUACCCAUCCUUAUUACUCGCGCGAUAUUGUAUAGCUGUCGCGCUCGCACAUUCACUACGGACGCCCGUCGCACAGUCGCGAUAGCAAUAAAAUUACGCGCGAGCGAUAAGGGGUCAUUGCACGAAAUUCUAUCUACUCGGCGACCGGAAUUUAACCGUCUUACAACUCGAUCGAGCUAACUGCGCAUCUAGUUGGAAUUUUCCUACACAAUGUAUAGGUAUUGUAAAUGAAAUGAAUAUAAUAAUUCGUUCGUUUCAGCCAAAUGUAUAUUGUAAAUGGAAUUAA